UGUGUGUGUUUGUGUGUGUCAUGUGUGUGUGCUUGUACGAGCUUGUGUCACAAACAGCUGGAUGCUACCGGGCUAGCAGGCGUUAGCAGAUCAGAUCCUCGCUGCAGCAGCUGGAGCUUCGAUCACUGCACGUGAUCAGCGAGCAUGAGGAGCCGCAGUAACUCAGGAGUGAGGCUGGAUGGUUAUGCCAGGCUGGUGCAGGAAACCAUCCUGUGCCACCAGAGCCCAGUGACAGGUCUUCUCCCCGCCAGCACCCAGAAGAAGGAUGCCUGGGUGAGGGACAACGUGUACAGUGUCCUGGCUGUGUGGGGGCUGGGCAUGGCCUACCGCAAGAAUGCAGACCGAGAUGAAGACAAGGCCAAAGCCUACGAACUGGAGCAGAGUGUGGUGAAACUGAUGCAGGGGCUGCUGCAGUGCAUGAUGAGACAGGUGGCCAAGGUGGAGAAGUUCAAACACACCCAGAGCACAAACGACUGCUUGCACGCCAAAUACGACACCACCACCUGUGCCACGGUGGUCGGGGACGACCAGUGGGGGCAUCUGCAGGUGGAUGCCACCUCCAUUUACCUGCUGAUGCUGGCUCAGAUGACAGCGUCAGGUCUCCGUAUCAUCUCCAACCUGGAUGAGGUGGCCUUUAUCCAAAACUUGGUCUUCUACAUAGAAGCUGCCUACAAAGUGGCGGAUUAUGGGAUGUGGGAGCGCGGUGACAAGACCAAUCAGGGCAUUCCCGAGCUAAAUGGCAGCUCCAUAGGAAUGGCUAAGGCUGCUCUGGAGGCCAUAGACGAGCUGGAUCUCUUCGGCGCUCACGGAGGACCGAAGUCAGUCAUCCAUGUUUUGCCGGAUGAAGUGGAACAUUGUCAGUCCAUCCUCUGCUCCAUGCUGCCAAGAGCUUCCACCUCCAAGGAGAUCGACGCCGGACUUCUGUCGGUCAUUUCCUACCCGGCUUUUGCUGUGGAGGACGCUGACCUGGUGGCCAUCACCAAGUCAGAAAUCAUAAGCAAACUGCAGGGUCGGUUUGGCUGCUGCCGCUUCAUCAGGGAUGGAUACAGUUGUCCUAAAGAGGAUCCCACUCGGCUGCACUACGAUCCUGCCGAGCUCAAACUGUUUGAGAACAUCGAAUGUGAAUGGCCUGUUUUCUGGACGUACCUCAUCCUGGAUGGAAUUUUUACCGGAGACCAAGUGCAGGUCCAGGAGUACCGGGAGGCCCUGGAGGGCAUUCUGAUCCGAGGGAAGAACGGCAUCAAACUUGUGCCUGAACUUUAUUCUGUACCAAGCGACAAGGUGGAGGAGGAGUGCAGCAAUCCUCACUCGGUGGACAGAGUGGCUAUGGGGCAGCUGCCGCACAUGUGGGGACAAUCCCUCUACAUCUUGAGUUCUCUUCUGGCUGAGGGGUUUUUAGCACCAGGAGAGAUAGACCCCCUCAACAGGAGAUUCUCCACAAACUUCAAGCCAGAUGUCGUCGUGCAAGUUUGUGUUCUGGCUGAGUCGGACGAGAUCCAGGAGCUAUUAAGUGAUCACGGGAUAACGGUCCAGACGAUGUCUGAGGUUCUGCCCAUCAGGGUCAUGCCUGCUCGCAUCCUGAGCCAUGUCUACGUCAAACUGGGAAACUGCAAGAAGCUGGAUUUGGGUGGGAGGCCCUACAGACACAUCGGCGUUCUGGGAACAUCCAAAUUCUACGAGAUCCGAAAUUGCUUCUAUAUAUUCACCCCCCAGUUUCUGGAUCAGCAUCAUUUCUACCUGGCACUGGACAACCAGAUGAUUGUGGAGAUGUUACGAACAGAGCUGGCCUAUCUCUCCUCUUGCUGGAGGAUGACAGGACGACCCACGCUCACUUUCCCCAUCACCCGCACUAUGCUGGUUGAAGAUGGGGAUGCGAUUGAUCCGUGUAUCCUAUCAACCCUCAGGAAACUACAGGAUGGUUAUUUUUCCGGCGCGAGGGUGCAGAUGUCCGACCUCUCCAGUUUCCAGACAACUUCCUUCCACACUCGCCUCAGUUUCCUGGAUGAAGAGAACGACGACAGCUUACUCGAAGAUGAAGACCAGGACGACUAUGGAGACGAAUAUGGACAAUAUUCCAAAUGUGGGCCCUCAGAGGGCUCAGACGACAUGUUUGAGCAGUACCUCACGCAGCUCCUCCACAGCACCAACACCAAGAGCCAUCUCCCCCCCAUCCAGAGGGGCCAGCACCAUGUCUUCAGUGCAGAACACACAACAAGAGACAUCCUGUCUCUUAUGGCCCAGGUCCAGGGCCUGAACUUACCCAAGUCCACCAUGUACCUGCCUGUGGCUCCUUUCAAGAGCAAACACCGCAGAUCUCUGAACCUCCUCGUGGUUCCUCAUUCUCAGCACGGCUCACAUGCAAAGCAGCACAAGCCCCACAGCGUCGCUGAUCUGCACCUGCCUCGAGACUCUCAGGGCAACACAGACUUUGCGUCGUUGGCGAGGCAGCUGAAGGAGUGUCCCACUCUGCAGGACCAGGCGGACAUCCUCUACAUUCUCUACGCGAUGAGAGGAGCUGAUUGGCUGGUGGAGCUGUCAGGUCCUGGGCAGGGUGGGAUGAGCGUGCGUUCUCUGUUGGAGGAGCUCUACGUUCAGGCUGGAGCCUCUAAAGAGUGGGGUCUCAUCAGAUACAUCUCUGGAAUACUCCGCAAGAGAGUGGAGGUCCUCGCAGAGGCCUGCACGGAUCUGAUCUCCCAUCACAAGCAGCUGACAGUGGGUCUACCUCCUGAACCCAGAGAAAGAGUCAUCGCAGUGCCUCUUCCCCCCGAGGAGUUGAACACACUCAUCUAUGAGGCCAGUGGUCAGGACAUCAGUGUAGCUGUUCUCACUCAGGAAAUCAUGGUUUAUCUUGCCAUGUACGUGCGCUCCCAGCCUGCUCUGUUCGGGGACAUGCUUAGGCUCAGGAUUGGACUCAUCAUGCAAGUUAUGGCCACCGAGCUGGCCCGCAGCCUGCACUGCUCUGGGGAGGAGGCCUCUGAGAGUCUGAUGAGCCUGAGUCCGUUCGGGAUGAAGAGUCUCCUGCAUCACAUCCUCAGUGGCAAAGAAUUCGGAGUGGAGAGGAGCGUGCGCCCCAUCCAGUCUACAGCCACGAGUCCGGCCAUCUCAAUCCACGAACUCGGCCACACUGGUGCCACCAAGACUGAACGCACAGGAAUACACAAACUGAAGAGUGAGAUAAAACAGAUCAUCAGCGGGGGGUUUUCCUUAAGUAGCAAUGUCACCUCUCCUCGCUCCACGCGUUGUAGCAGCCCGUCCACCCCCAGUGGCAUCCUGUCCCCUGUGGGUGCCGGUCCAUCUGACGGACAGCUACACUGGGAGGAAAGGCAAGGCCAGUGGCUGAGGAGACGCAGGCUGGACGGAGCUAUCAACAGAGUACCAGUGGGUUUCUACCAGAAGGUCUGGAAGAUCCUGCAGAAGUGCCACGGCCUGUCCAUUGAUGGAUAUGUGCUGCCGUCUUCUACCACAAGAGAGAUGACAGAAGGAGAGAUCAAGUUUGCGGUGCAGGUGGAGUCUGUCCUGAACCAUGUCCCUCAGCCAGAGUACCGGCAGCUGCUGGUGGAGACUGUGAUGGUUCUUGGUUUGAUCGCUGACGUGGAUGUUGACAGCAUCGGUGGCAUCAUCUAUGUGGACCGCAUCCUGCAUUUGGCCAAUGACCUCUUCCUCAACGACCAGAAAUCUCACAGCGCCUGUGAUUAUUUCCUCGAGAAGGACCCGGCGACUGGGAUCUGCAACUUUUUCUACGAUAGCGCCCCCAGUGGAAGCUUUGGAACCAUGACCUAUCUGUCCAAGGCGUCGAUCACGUACGUCCAGGACUUCCUGCCAAGUUCCAGCUGCCUGAUGCAGUGAUCAAAAAGACAAGUGACACAACUAUAAACACCUGGAGAGACGUUUCUAUAACUGAAGUGUCAACUGGACAAAGUCAGCAAAGCUUCUCAUUAUCAGCUCGUACAAGUCGUGAGAAGUAUUUAAUCAAUAAAUAGUCAAUAAACUUAGUAGCUUUAACACAAUAAUGUGACAUCCUAACCUAGGCAGCUGAUUGCAAACCACUAGUUAUGUAUUUUCUUCUUAAGGGUCCAGACUGUGAACGUAUUUAUUAUUUAAACAUGCUUUACGGGACUCACUAACAUGCGUUUUAUUUAAACUGAAAUUUGCAAAGAUAACAUUUCAGUGUUCUUAGUGUUGUUUGUGAGAAUAUUAUAUAAACAGUCUGAUAGUUGAAUAUGUCAUGUCCGAUGGUUAUUAGAGGAAACAUUUUUAUCAUUUCUGCACACAAAAUCAAUAAUUUUUACUUUUAAAUUCAGCCUCUGGUUGUUUUUUUUAAAUAAUAUAAUAUAAAUAAAUCUGUAUCUAUGCAUACAAAUUAACCCAAAUCGUUUCCUCUGAUACCUGCCAGGCUCUUUAUAAGUCAGUACUGAUGAUACUAAAUAUUAACAUGUAUGGGAACAAGACUCUCUUUGAAUGCCAGUGUGUUUCUGUCCUUGUGGAUGUGCAUGAUUGUCACCCCAAGUUUUUACUACUGAUAUGGCAACUCAACAUAUUUUAUUCAUUUGUGAACAGUGAAGUUAGGUUGUUUGUGGUAUGUUUGGGUCGUGUUUGAUAGAAUACACAGAAUUUUCUCUCUGUGUGUGAGUCGUAUACAGUAAAUUUGUGAAAUAUUUCAAACUCCUUCAAUAUAAAAAUAUAUUUUCCCCUCAUAAAUCUAUAUUGUAUUUAGACACAAACGGAAUUUAGCUCAGGUGCCUCCCAUCUGUCUUGGUCAUCUUUAAGAUGUUUGUACAUUUUGACUGGAGUCCACCUGAGGUAAAUACAUGGUGUUCUGUUUCCACCUGACAAUGCAAAUCAGAGUAAAAACCAAGCGGUAACACAGAAAGAACUUGAAUUAUUUGGAUUUUUAUCUAACUACAAACAUACAAUAUCAGUCCCCUAAACAUACCAGAUUUUUUUCAUCAAAAUCCAUGAAUAAUUCUCUUGUUAUGUAAAACAAAGGGGUCAAAGGCAGCUCCUUCGACCUCAUGGCUUGGUUUUAGUUCUGAUAUGUAACGUGAACUAUGAGACCUUAUAAAGACACGUCUUGAAUGGGAGGUGUCAAAAGGUCUUAAAAUAUAAUAUGUCUAUCUAAGUUAUUUCUUUUUAUUUAAUUUGCAAAGAAUUUGUGAAAUUCUCUGUUUGCUUUGUCAUUAUGGGAUAUUGACUGCAACAUUUCGAAAUGUAACAGAAUUGAAGGAGUCUGAAUACUCUCUGAAUGCACUGACUGUAUAUGUACAGAAUGAAGUGGCCAUGCAGCCGGAUGUUGGUAAAGUGACGGAGGUCCAGGAUGUAUUGAAUAAGGUGAAUGUAAGUCUGAGAUAAGUGUGACUUCUCUUUAACAUUAAACAACUUUUAUCUCUGUGCUUUGCUGUUCAGACACCAAAUCGCAGGAAAACAAUAAAAUCUUGAUAAAUUUUAA